ACGAUCUAAAUCUAGUAAUAAAUUUACCACUAUAAAGGGCGGUUUAGUAAAGCGCCUCGACAUGCUAUUCCUGUCGUAAACGAAAAUCUUACCCAUCGAGUUACACGAAUCAAUUUCAAUCCGAUUUAAUCGACUAAAACCCAUUUUCUAAAUUUGAUUUCGCUCACUUCUUUUUCGUGCAAACGCUUCGCUUCGAAUUUCCUCACUCUAAUUUCUCAUUGUUAACAUCACAAACCCUCAAUCUAGGGUUUUUUUUGCCUUCUUUCUUUUUUGGGUGAUUUUAGGCUUAGGGUUCUUUGAUAUCGAAAGCGGUCGGAAUCGUGAAGGAUAUCCAUUCUGAUGAUUUUUCGGCGAUUUGGAAAGUGAACUUUGUGAUCGUUGAAUUAAUUUGGAGGCAAUGGCAACAGCAACAAUGGCGACUGCGGCAGGAGCUGCCGCGCUUCUUUAUUACACACUGAACAAGAAACUGCAAGUUGACCACUCUCAGUCAGAAGAAGAUUGUGAGAAGAAAGGAGAUGAGUCUUCAAAACCUUUACUUUCCACAAGGAAACCGGUCUCACAAAGGCCUGUCCGAGCUCCGGCUACAUGGUUAGAAACCAUCUCGACGUUGUCAGAGACUUUAAGGUUCACCUACUCUGAGACUUUGGGCAAAUGGCCCAUCGGGGAUUUAGCUUUUGGCAUUAAUUUUCUCCUCAAGAGGCAGGGAAAUUUAGAUGUUGCUAGCAUAUAUGCUGGAGAAGACAGCAUACCACUUAAAGGAACACAAACCAUUGAUGAAUUGAAGUAUCUGUUAAAUUUGUUGACUCUGUGCUGGCAUUUCUCAAAGAAACCAUUCCCAUUAUUUCUGGAGACAACUGGUUAUGCUACAGAAGAUGUUCUGCUUCAGGAACCUAAAGCAGGGAUUUUGAAGCCAGCAUUUACCAUUCUUGUUGACAAAAGUACAAAGUGUAUCUUGCUAUUGAUUCGGGGAACUCACAGCAUUAGAGAUACUCUGACUGCAGCAACUGGUGCGGUUGUACCAUUCCAUCAUACAGUUGUACAUGAAGGUGGUGUAAGUGAUUUAAUUCUGGGGUACGCUCACUGUGGAAUGGUUGCAGCGGCUAGAUGGAUAGCAAAGCUUGCAACCCCUUGUCUCGUGAAAGCAUUGCACGACUAUCCUGAUUAUAAACUGAAGAUUGUCGGUCAUUCUCUUGGUGGAGGCACUGCAGCAAUUUUAACGUACGUCUUGCGUGAACAUCAGGAGUUUGCCACCACCACGUGUGUUACAUUUGCUCCAGGUGCCUGUAUGACAUGGGAGUUGGCUGAAUCGGGUGUGCCCUUUGUCACUUCAGUUAUCAAUGGUGCUGAUCUGGUUCCCACUUUUUCAGCUGCUUCGGUAGAUGACCUACGUUCAGAGGUAACAGCAUCUGCUUGGCUGAAUGACCUAAGAACUCAAAUUGAAAGAACUAGAAUUCUAAGCACUGUUUACCGUUCUGCCUCUGCCUUGGGGUCACGUCUUCCAACAAUUGCCAGUGCCAAGGCUAGAGUAGCUGGGGCAGGUGCAAUCCUCCGACCGGUCUCCAGUGGAACACAGGUUGUGAUGAAUAGAGCGCGGAAUGUGGCUCAGGCUGCAUGGAACCAACGGAUUUCUUCUUGGACAUGCAUUGGACCUCGGCAACGCCCUAAUACCUCCAAAUCAGAGGAAAAUGGUGCUAGUUCCUCUCCAAGUGCUGGCCCUAUUAGCCCUUCAACCACUGAAACCCGAAGUAUACAAAGAACAGAGGUUAUCGCGUCUGCAGGAAACACAGGAUGGACUUCAGAAGUAGAGUGCUCUCCUUCAUCUUCAUCACCUUAUCACUCUCAAGAGAUUGAGAUUGAUGAUGAAGAUACCAUGAACGAGGUGGAGCUGUGGCAGCAGAUAGAGCAUGAGCUCAAUCAACCAAGAAAUGAAGAAGAGGUUGUCGAUGAUGAAGAUGAGAUGGUGAAAGAGGCCAGAGAAGAAGAGGAGGAUGAGAUUGCUGCUGCCUCUGAAGCAGUUGACAAUGUAUCUAUUGAAGCAACGACAGAGAUGCGUAGAUUUUUUCCUGCUGGGAGAAUCAUGCACAUUGUGCCCAUUCCUCAAGAAACUGAAAGCGAGGAAGAGAAAGAUGGAGACGAUGAUGAUGGUGUUGAGAGAACUCCAAGGCUGCCAAAGUUUCGGAUUUUUUUGACGCCGAGGUCUUUGUAUGGUAAAUUGAGGCUCUCAAGGACAAUGAUUAAUGAUCAUUAUAUGCCGAUGUACAGGAGGAAUAUAGAGCUAGCAAUUAAUGAUCUUGAGAAGGAUAGUUUGUCGGUGGAGGGGUGUGAAUUGUGAUGUUGGGUUUGUAGCUUCUGUAUAUUGUAUACUGAUGGAUAGUAGGAUUUUUGGCGCUGGUGCUUUUGGUAUUCUGGAUGUAUCUCAGGAGAAAAAAAAUGUGCAACUGUUGGAAAAAUAGAGAGGAAAAUGAUCAGAGUAACACAUCGAUGUGAGGAAAGAAAUUAGUCAGAUUCCAGCACAACAGGUGUGUUUGUCUUCAUUAUUGGCGGUGGUGUUAUUAUUAUUAUUAUUAUUAUUAUUAGUGUGGCGAAAGGCACUAGUUUAAGUUGAAAAUGAGCAUUCACGAUACUGUUCAGUUUUUGCACGAGUGACCGCGGGAUUUAAGCACAGUCUUCUUCUGUUGAAUAUGUUUCGAUUAAUGGUCUGUGAUCGAUCUUGCAUGCCCAAUGGUGGCAUACCACUCGGUGAUCGAUCUUUUUUUCCUUUUUUAAAAUUCUUUUAGCAGAUGAAACGAAAAUUUCUCUCAUGUAAUUAUGUAAGCAAGCAAAAUAUUGAUUUACUGCAGCAUGAUCCUAAAUCCCCUUCGCUCAUUUAUUUUCUUCAUGACAGGGUUACAAAUUUAAAAAUAUUACUCAUGACUCCAACAAUAUUCUGAAA